UUCACCUCAGUUUCGUUUGAGCCGUUGCAUGAUUAACAUAUCAACUCCACAUAUCAUUUUUGCGUGUGUGUAUUCUCAAUAAAAUUGUGCAGUUUUACACAAGUUUUAAGCUAAGAUAUUUGAUCAAAUCGAGUGGUUUUUGGGUAUAGAAGUGAAGUAAUUCAAUCCAUUUUCCGGAAAAUAUUGCAGGCAAAGAAAAAAGCAUCGAUCGUAUCCAGUAUCAGUAAGUGAAGCCAAAGGCCAGUCAGAAGAGCGUUUAGAGAAGCAGUGCAUGUUUGUUGGUGUUGCUAAGAAGCAUUUUUGAGGAAGUCGAAGAAAUCGAAUAGAAAGUCAUUAGGUUUUCUCUUUUAAGUGCACUAUGUGUUGAUAGUAUCGUGGAUUUGAUUGUGAAAUCGUUACGUUGUUAGAGAAACACAGUUUGAUUCGUCGUUACCUUUUAUUUUGGAAUUCGUUUUUAAGUGAGUUGCGGUGUUCCUGCCAUCCAAAUGGUGCCAUACAAUGGAAGAAUGUAAGCUGUUGUAAACGGCUCUAAUAGUGAAAAAUAGGAAAAAGGAAUUAGGUUUCCACUGUGAAUUCAUAGAUUGAGUGAGUGUUUCAGCAACACAUAAAUAAUUUAAAAAAAUGUCGACCGUAGUUCGGUUGUGGUGCAAUAUGAUUUCUCUACUGCUGUGCAUAACUGUGAUAAGCCCCGCAUAUGGAAUCUUUGACCGGCUGGUGGUUCAAACGAGCAGUGGCCCCAUCCGGGGUCGUUCAACAAUGGUGCUAGGCCGCGAAGUGCAUGUGUUCAAUGGAGUCCCUUUUGCAAAACCGCCGGUCGAUGGUCUGCGCUUCCGUAAGCCCGUUCCCGCUGAACCGUGGCACGGGGUUUUGGAUGCUACGCGAUUACCGCCAUCGUGCAUUCAGGAAAGGUAUGAAUAUUUUCCCGGCUUCGCAGGCGAAGAGAUGUGGAAUCCAAAUACCAACGUGUCAGAGGAUUGCCUGUAUCUGAAUAUCUGGGUGCCGACCAAAACCCGAUUACGCCACGGUCGCGGCCUAAAUUUUGGAAACAACGACUACUUUCAGGACGAUGAUGACUUCCAGCGCCAGCACCAGUCCAAAGGUGGCCUCGGCAUGCUAGUGUGGAUCUACGGUGGUGGCUUCAUGAGUGGUACAUCGACUCUGGACGUGUACAACGCCGAAAUGUUGGCAGCGGUUGGAAAUGUAAUCGUGGCAUCCAUGCAGUACCGGGUGGGAGCCUUCGGGUUCUUCUAUCUGGCACCCUAUCUGAACGACGAUGAUGCACCGGGAAACGUUGGACUGUGGGAUCAAGCGCUGGCCAUACGGUGGCUGAAAGAAAAUGCCAAAGCCUUCGGAGGCGACCCAGACCUAAUAACGCUGUUCGGCGAAUCGGCUGGCGGCAGUUCGGUGAGUUUACACCUCCUGUCGCCGGUCACGCGGGGCCUCUCGCGAAGGGGCAUCCUGCAAUCCGGUACGCUGAACGCACCGUGGAGCCACAUGUCUGCCGAGAAGGCUCUCUCGGUUGCCGAGGCACUAAUCGAUGACUGUAACUGCAAUGUGACAUAUUUAAAGGACAAUCCAAGUUAUGUAAUGAAUUGUAUGAGGAACGUGGACGCCAAAACCAUAUCGGUGCAGCAGUGGAAUUCGUAUUCGGGUAUCUUGGGAUUCCCAUCGGCGCCUACGAUCGACGGUGUGUUUAUGACCGCCGAUCCGAUGACAAUGCUUCGAGAGGCGAAUCUGGAAGGAGUGGAUAUACUGGUUGGCAGCAAUAGGGAUGAAGGCACAUACUUUCUGUUGUACGAUUUCAUCGAUUAUUUCGAGAAAGAUGCAGCGACGUCGUUACCGAGAGAUAAGUUCUUGGAAAUAAUGAACACCAUCUUCAGCAAAGCGUCUGAGCCGGAGCGCGAAGCGAUUAUAUUCCAGUACACCGGCUGGGAGAGCGGCAACGAUGGCUAUCAAAACCAGCAGCAGGUGGGCCGUAGCGUAGGAGAUCAUUUCUUCAUCUGCCCCACUAACGAGUUUGCCCUUGGUCUGGCCGAACGAGGCGCCUCCGUUUACUAUUACUACUUUACCCACCGUACGAGUACAUCGCUGUGGGGUGAAUGGAUGGGCGUGCUGCAUGGCGAUGAAGUAGAAUACAUCUUCGGACAACCCAUGAACCUAUCGAUGCAGUACCGGCAAAGGGAACGAGAUCUCAGUAGGCGUAUGGUGCUUUCCGUUAGCGAAUUUGCACGAUCUGGAAAUCCAGCCCUAGAAGGAGAGCAUUGGCCAGUUUACACGAAGGAGAAUCCGAUCUACUUUAUUUUCAACGCCGAAGGUGAGGACGACCUACGCGGUGAAAAGUACGGACGAGGUCCAAUGGCGACGGCAUGCGCUUUCUGGAACGAUUUCCUACCCCGGCUAAGAGCUUGGUCAGUUCCUCCCAAGUCGUCGUGCAACAUAUUGGAACAGAUAUCGGUGGCCUCGAUCCUGUAUGUCGAUAUCAAAAUCGUAACCGUGCUUAUGGUGUUCAUUCUCGUAAGAUUGUUCUAAAUUCGUUUCCUGCAUUUACCCUGUCCCACCCCACCUUAAUCUUAUGAAGAAGCGAACAAGUUAAACGAUAUCUAUAAAAAUAGAUACACACCUAGGUGCAGGACAAAUUGGAGCUUUACAUGUAGCUACUCCCAACCACCAUUAGAGGACAUUACUACAGAGCUAAGUAAAAACGUGUUCCGUGUGUUACCGGUAUAAGAGAAUAGGAACAAUCAAUUUCCAGUCAGUCGACAGAUGUGUGGAUUUGCGAAUGCGGAUGAGAGUUUAGGAAUGCGAAAAUUGCGUUGCGGAAGUUUAGUGCAAGCAGACGAUACUCUGGAUAGAAUCGAUAGUACUCGAUACGAUUGAAUGCAAGAAAUGAGCUUGAUUGGUGAGGCGCUGGCGCUUUUUACACCAUCAUUUUGUUGAGACACACACACACACUAACACACAUACACACACGCACGCUUAAAUUUAACAAUGCCCACGUGGACCAGAUUGUUUCUGGUACAUUUCGUAGAAUGAUUGAGGAUCGGAUUGUCUUCGAACGGAUAGGGUUAAAGCUAGUUCAAAGUGUUUUACACGAAAAUUGCUUCCAAACGUGAUUAAUAUGGGAAAUGGUCACCCUAGCAAACGUCAUUCGAUCAAAUGUCAUUAAACGGAAUGUUCUAGAACCGGGCAAAAUGGAGAUCAACACUGUAAUAUCAAACGAAACAUAACCUGCAAAUAAUGAAGUGUAUGACAAGGGAGAUUGAAAUCAAUUUUAUACGAGCAUGAGAAAACCAUUAGCUAUUAGUGAUUGGGCUUAGAAAAGAAAAAAAUACUUGUUGGAUGUGCUGUUAAUUUACUUGCUUCAUGUGAACUUUAUCUUUUCGUUUUAACAAAUCCGACAUUGUUAACCCACGGUCGGAAGCGUUUUAUUUUCAAGUUGGCAACACAGUAGUAGAGCUGAUAAAAGAUAACUGUUUCGAUGUUUUAGAUGUUGAAUUGUUCCAGAAAAAAUAUGAAAACACACCUUAUUACUAGACAUACAAAUAUCAAUGCACAUAUCAGUGGUUCAAAGCCUGCAGUAAAAUUAUGUAUAUUGAACGAAAAUUUGAUAAAAAAAAACAAGUGAUUCAAAAAGAAUGUAUCUUUAUGAUAUGAAACAACUAAUGAUUCUGUGUCUCAUGACUGAACUUUAUUUGACUAAGUUGGCUGACGUGCAACAGUUUGGUUCGCAUUGUAGAAUAGUAGUGAUAUUCAAGUUAAGUUAUGAAAUAUAUACAUCAGUGAAGAGCAAAAUAUAUAGUAUGUAAAAUAAUCAAAUUUUACAAAAGACCUACAUCUUAAAGCAUUCCAUUUAAUCCUUUAAAGUGCAAAUUAUGAGGGAACGUUAUUUGCCCUAAACAAAACAGAAACAUAUCACUAAAAUCUAGAGGAAAACCAAGUGGAAGCAAACACAAUGACUGCACGCUUUUUUGUGUGUCGUAAAAGUUACGAAGAAAUCAAACCUAAGUAUUAACAAUAAUGGAAUAUAUAAUUACAAGAAUACACUUUUUAAGCGCCAUAACCCACCCUCCUUUUUAUAAAUAUACCGUUUUAUACACAAAAAAUUUGAUAAACAAAAGCCACAAAACUGAUUUUACUGUCCUUCCACCAAACUUGUUAAGGCAACUUACCUAGAGAGUCGAAACCAUAUUGAAAUCUAAACAAGAAUACCCAUACCUAACUAAUAAGUGUUAGUAGAGACACCGUUUAGCAAGUAGGCUCUACUGUAGAAGAGCAUAUCCAAAGUGCAUUUGUUGUAAGUCGUGCACAUCUCCCAGAAAGAGAAACAAAGAAAGAAAGAAAAAACAUGAAAAACUUAUGAUAAUAUUGGCAGGUUCUAGAUAAGCUAGCGUAUUUUAGACACCAUAACAACCAACACACAGUCAGAGGAUCUCUCAACGUUAGUUGCAAUUGAAGUGGUUUUGUCUGUCGAUGAAUCUUGUUUCUUUAGUAUUUUUUGUCGUUUUGUCAUAGGUGGAUUUUGGAAUCGGCUUGCACACUUGAUCUGACUGCUUAGAAAUGUAUUCGUUUAUGAUCUCCGGAAAGUGUUCGCUGCUCUUAGUACAAUUGAAUAUCAAAUUGAUUUGUAAUACUUCUGCGGCAUGUACAAACGAGCGUUUUUGUCUACCUAGUCACAUGAUUUAAUCUACAGAUUUAUCUUAAUGUCCCCUUGUGCCCAACUUUGUAGCGGUCACAUUAGAGUAUGCCGUUGUGUUUCCGUGCUCCAAACUGCGCUGAACUAGUCUGGCAACGCCGAUGCUGAAGCACAACGUGAAAAUAAGCACUAAUCGACCAUUGCAUCACCCAUCAACACCAUUUUAUCAUUAGUAAUCCGUCGAUAUCACACACAAGAAGCAAGCUCUACAAGUGUUGGAAAUGUGCCACAUCACGACUAUACGCAACACGGUCAAUCAUGGGCUACUAUUUACUUACUUUCAGUCCUUAGCACCCAUGGUGGAGCAGAGGGCCGAGAUCUUUCACUCCAUCCUGGGCAAUUGCCAGCCACCGUCUUGAGCUGUGGCCAGGUCAAAUUUCUGUCGACUUCUUUUAUUUCCUAGUUGAGGCUGCGCCGCCAUGAGCCUCUGGGUCUGCCUCUGCUGCGAUGUCCUGCUGGGUUUCUAUCUAGCGCUUGUUUGCAGAUGUCGUUCCCGCCUCUGCGUAGUGUGUGGCCAACCCACCUUCACUUUCGCUCCCGAAUUUCUGUCGCUGAUGACAUCGACGAUGGAGCUCCACGUUGGAGAUCCAAUUGUGAGGCCACCAUGCACGAAUCAUAUACCACAGGCAUCUAUUGAUGAAGACCUGCCGCCGAGGAGCGAUCGGCAAGAUCAUCGAGCUUGGUCUGCAUAUCAGAGUGCCGUUGAGCUAGGAGAGCAACGUCAUCAGCCAAUUCGAAAUUAUUUAGGUGCUCCAUGGUAAUGGGCUGCCACAGCAACCCACGAUUCGGUUCACGAUCAAUCGCACCUACCAGGAUCUCGUCAAAAACGAUGAGGAACAGUAGAGGUGAUAGUGUACAUCCUUGCCUCACUCAAGCAACGACCCGGAUGGGAUCGGACAAGACAUCGUUGUGCAGCACGAAUAUGCCCUACACUGUGCUUCAAUGAGGCCGAUGAUUUUCUCAGGGACACCCUUGCGCUUGUUUCGUGAUUGAGACGGUCGAAAGCUUUUUCGUAAUCAUUGAACACCAGGUAGAGAGAUUCUUAGAAUUCAUUGAUGUGCUCCAGAAUGAUAGGUGAAUAAUUUAUGCAGCAGCUGUGCGGAUACCAGCUCCAGGGGACAGUUGUCGAGCGUGGUGUUGAUGGUGUCGCCGAUAUUUGAAAAAGGCUUCCAAAGUGCUCGAACCAGCGUAUUAGCUGGUCAACCGGGUCGAUCAAUAACUGUCCAGGUGCGUCUUUCACGGGCAUCCUAGCAUUCAUCUUAGUCCUAUUAAGGUGACGUGAGACAUCGCAGAGGACACGAAUGUCACCGGUAAUUGCGGCUUCCUCGCCUUCGUCGGCUAGGGGACCCACCCACGCUCUUUUGUCCUGCCUACAUGAGCGCUUCACUUCCUUCUCGAGAGCCAAAUAGCGCUGGUGGGCUGUGGAUCUGGCUCCUCGUGUUUUCGCUCGCUCUAUCGUGUCUUUGACUUUCCUUCACUCCUCUAUCUUCCUCCAGAUAUCAUCUGUGAUCCACUGCUUUCUCCGGGUGCGUCGCGUAGCUCACCCAAAUAUCCUUGAUAUCUUGAUUGGCGCCCUUGAGGGUCGCCUAUGCAGAUUCUGAUGUCGCUUCUUGGAACUUUGUAUUAUUGCGAUUCUUUAGUUAACCUGCUCGGGAGGUUGAUUUGCCGCUCUGCAGCAAUAAAGCGCCCCAAGUAAAGUGGUCGAAUUGGUGAUUCGGCAGAUUCAGGAUCGACGUUCGUUAAGCGAGUUACUCUUCCGCUUUUUGGUGGUGGAAUUCAGCGGAUUCUAUUUUUUGACACUCGGAACAGCGCACCGUCUACACGAUGAUGGCCGUGGUUUCUUAGUAGGCUCACUAGUAGUCCCGCGUAGCUUCGUGGAGCUUCUUCCGAAAUGGUGUGAUUUGCGACCUAUCCGCUGGAACUCUCUGGUCGAGGUCGAUACGGAUACCUUGUUCUGGUCGAAGAAAGAGUGAACUUUCACACCGACUGUCUUCGGUGAUGCUUGGCCUUUUGAGCUUAAUUUCUGCAGAAGUUGGGAGGUGAAUUCUUGGAAUGCCAUUUCACAAUCUGACACCUUGUCUGGAAAUGGUGUGCACGUACCUGACGACAACUCAUCUUCCUUUUUGAGUCCUCAAAAAAAAAGCCUCGCGAAACCUAUUGCAAGCAAUCUAUAUACGAGAAAACAAAAGAUGUGUUGACAGUUCUUACACAAUCUUAACACGGGUAAUUUGAACACAAAUCACUACCACACAGGUACCGUAUGCGUGAUAAUGUUUGCACCAUCGUACAAAUAAGGUACCCAUAUCACCUGUACACACAAUGUCUUGGUUUUUAUUGCAUGUACGUAAGCUCUAACUCAUAUCUCAGUAGGUUGCGGGUAAAAAAAAUCCGAUUUCUUAAGUUUAAAAUUUGCACCAUGAAGGGGUAGCAGCGGUAGUCGGGACUUGUCCACGCGCAAAUGUUAAAAAAUACAUUUCAGGAGUGUUCAGGAGAACCGUAAAACAGUCUUAGACCAAAAAAAAGCAAGGGCAACUAUUCCCGAAGGUGUCCACUGGUUGUCCAAGGUUAACAUGGAUUAAGAAAGCUAUCGCUGCCACCAAAAAUAAGAUUUGGGUGAAUUAUAUGCGCUCAAUGAGAAAAAUGGCAAAGAAACGCGAAAUCAGCGACUUAAUGGCAUGGCAUAUCGAAAAGGAAAAUUACGGUGGCCUUUAUGAUCCUUCGACCAUAGAAAAAAAAACUUACAUUAUUACCAAUGGCAUCCAGGAGCUUCGAGUAGCGCCAUAUAAGAAAGUCUUGAAUUUGCCCGAACGCAACCUCCGUUUUUUUUCGAUUUCCGAAAAACUAUCGAUCCGUACCAAAUUCCAGAAUCAAUAGUUAUUAUAACUUUUGUUUGAGUGCCAAUGUCUACACCAUUAUGCAAUGUCAAAAUAAAAAAUAAAUUCAAAAAUUGUUAAUCUUGACUUUGACACUACCGCGGAUACUUUUCGACAUUUGCGCGUGGACAAAUCACGAGCUAGGUUGCCACUUAGUCAUUAUGCAAGUGUAAAACUAAGAAAAUCAACACUUUUUAUUCACAGCCUGCUAGGAUAUGAGUAAUAGCUUAAAUGCCUGCAAAUAAAACCAAUACAUUGUCUUCACAAGUCAAACUGGAAUUUUAUUUGACGAUGGUGCAAACAUUAUCACGCAUACGGUAUUUGGAUUGGUUACUGUGUAGCCUCUCAAUGCGAUCCUUUUGCUCAUUAUGCAAAUGGAGUGACGUGACCCAGCUCAACUUGCAUUUUGAGGUGAGAUAUCUCGACUUGUAUGAGGUGACUCUUCCUUUUAUUUUCAUUUAAAGCGUGUCGCAUCAUCGAGUCAAGAUUUCUCUCCUCGAUAUUUGAGUCGAGCUGCGUCACAUCACUCCACUCGUAGAAUGAGCACAUCUAAUCGUAUGCUCCAACGUGGAAGCCAAAAUGUGGACCAGCUACAAGAUGGAAACGUCUAGGAACUUCUGCUCCAGAUGUUUCAAGCUCUCGAUAUGGCGGGUGCACUCAUCGUGAGACCAUUGAAGCUCAUUGCAGAAUCAAGAAGUAAUUUACUGGAUUUCAAAAAGGAUUAAUAUCAAGGGCUAAAAGGUGAUUAUUGUCGAGAAAUUAUCAUAUUUCGGAGAUCAUAAACUAUUUUUCGGUUUUCACUUUUUCUGAUGUCUAAUAUCUAAUUUAUGAUUGUUUUUCUUAAAAAAGCAACAGAAUUAAAUAGUGCUUUCAUAAAGUCACAUCUCUUGUUUCAAAAUUAGAAAACAAUACCAUGAAGAACGGUUUUGUAAUCAAAACAAUACAAAUCUAAGGAGUUUCAACGUAAAUCUGUAUGAAAAGAGUAGCCAAAAGCUUGCCUAUAACCACUUGUUGUAGUAAAACUCAAAUAAAAAAAACGCUUUACCUUGAUUCGCCCUAUUUGAACACCUAAAUGUAUAAGGAAUACACACACAAAAAUAACACAGUAGAACAAGCCGAGCCUUUCACUUGAUAGCAGUUUUUCUAAUUGAUUUACCUAGCAUACUUAGAGAACCUUUUGUAAGCACGUUGUAUACAACAUUGAACGCAAGAAAAACGUCGAAAAACAAGAAACCUUAUCGGUAAGUUCGCACAUUCAGCCCACAAACACACGUCGUACACACCUAACCAUCUUUAAGAGAGCAUGUUUUGAUAAGUCCAUAUUUUCAAACCGUGAUUAAGAUUAAUGCAAACAAACACGAUCAAUUGCAACGUGGAUAGUGUAAAAUUGAAACAAACAAAAAAAGUAUAGAAAAAUAAUACACACACAUACAUAUUAGUAAUCUAGUGCAUGUGUACCUAGAUGAUCAGCUGGUCUGAUAAUACAAAGUAGAACUACGACAGAGGAGCGCUAAACGAACUCAAUGUACGUGGGAAUGGUUUUCUAUGUUUUGGCUGUUAGAGAAGCUUUGCAGUGGAUUGCUUAAACGUAGAAUAACAAUGAAAAACACCCGCAUCCAGGCAUAUGACCAUCAUCCGUAUUGAAUGUAGUUCUGUUUUUUUUUGUUCGGGUUACGUUCGGUUAGAUUGUUUGAGUAAGAGGAUAGUCGAGGAAGGCAUUGCAGCUGUUUUAAACGCUCUUUAAACAUCCUUGCUGUAUAUUAGCAGUAAAAAGCGAAAAUCAAGAGGUUUGUUUGUCGACGGAGGCCAAUGCUACACAGAGGAAAGCCAAAACGAUUACAGGUAUAACGGUUCAAAUUUACAAUGCAUAUGGAUUUUGAGACAGAGGGUACAGAGAAAAGAAUAUUUUACAUACGUGAGUUGGAUAAUUUGUUAGCCUAGAAAAAAAACUUCGUUAAAAAGACUUUUAUUUACAUGGAUACAUUCGUUAGACACAGUCGUUUGAAGAUAUUUUACAAUACAAACAGGCAUUAGUUGUUGUUGUUGCUGUUUCCAAAGCCGGUGUAGAAAGCGAUUGAACGAGUUUGUAUUAGUAGAGUGUAGGAGAUUUGAAUUAGAAACCAAUAGUUAUGUAUGCACGAAGCGAAUUUGUUCUUGCCUCUGGCUGACAAUCGGCAGAGAAUAAGUGGAAUUGACAAAGCUUUGCUCCAUGCUAGAUGAUUGAAGUUUGGGGGUGCCUUUUUCAGUAAUAGAGUUGGUUUUGCAAAUAUUUAAGUUGGACUUUCCAGUCCACCUUAUUAAAAGAUCUCGAUAUACCACAAAGCAUAGAUGUAGUGUGCAAACAGCUACUUUUAUCAUGAAUACUAUCCAUUAGCUUUUACUACUUGCUCCCUCAUUUAUCUUACUCAUUGCAUACUAUUUAUUCAAAGUUGCACCUAUUUUCCUUCUUGCAUGCUCACCGUUCCUCAAGAUUACCUAUUCGAAUACUUCAAGCUCUUCAACAUCUGCCUAGCGUAAUGGUCGGUACCUAAUUGUCAGCUUCCCUAUUGACCUCGGGAAACAGGAAAGGGUAUCUACUUUCGCGUGCUCCGCAAUAAGGCCCUAUCAGCAUAGACACAGAAGGACUUACCAAUGUGGAGCCUGCACUUACCCUGAACCAUCCCAAAAUACCCUUUUUCGGGUUCAACAUGUGUAGUCGGCGCCGUGCCCUGGGCAGUUGCACUAGACUAGACGCAUCUCCAUUCUACACACAACCUCCACUGUAGCUUCGAGACUGGGCGACUGCCGAACUAUCGGCAUUUCAAUCAACAUAACCUCUAUAGUACAAGAUUGUUCAGAGUUGAGUCACUACUACCUGUGGCCAGCAUAUAGUUCUACUCUUCAAGAAAGCCUCAGUCAUACCUGGCCACAGGCCUUGAUUACGAUCUUGGGCGUAAUCGAUCCGCUUAUCCAGGCUUUCCACAUCCUCAUCUUUUUUAUUCUUCAAGCACAUAACCUAAUUUACAGCUCUUUUGUCCACUAGUGCACUGCGUGGUGAGCGAUUCCAAUUGGCGGCUGCACUUACGCUUUGUACAGCGCCUAAAUGUAUUCUAUUCUAAUUCUACUAUAUCGAAGUGGUUGCCUUUGCGCUGCUGACACUUUUCUACCCUGUCCAUGGUAGAAUGAUGGGCACGAGGAUGUUGAUGUGUGGCUCUUGUUCCUUAUCCCAGUCCGAUUGGGGGUCCAUUAUGAGUUGCCGUUAGUCGAUAUCCAAGUUACCGGGUCCGUUAGAGCAUAUGCUCAGAAGAGGGUCAGGUGUCGGGGGGAAGAGCAUCUGACGAAAAAAUGCAAGUGCCGAGGCUAGGAUCGAACCCAUGACCAUGCAUGAAGUGAACGUAGCCACUACGCUACGGGCCCCGGAGAGGGAACUCAUCUUCACGCUGAAAAAUAGCAGCGACAAAUCGGUCGGACCCGACAACAGUGGCCAUUUCAUGCUUUGACAUCUACCCGCGUCCACCAAGCUACCCUUUUUGGAGGUGAUCAAUUGAAUGCGAUCCCCAAAAAAGUACCGACCGAGUUGUGCGAGAAAGGUCACAGAAAGAAUGAUCAACCGAUGACUCAGGAAAAAGGCUCAAAAACGAUUAUUUUGCGUCACUGUAUAGUAGAUACACAAGGUUUAUUGCGGAGAACAGCACGCGAACUUUGCGUUCCUCGAUAUUGUUAAUGCCUUCAUCAGAAUCGGGACUCUCUUGGCAGACUCAGGCAGCUCGUAGAGUAGGGCUUUAGUGAGAGCAUAACGGGCUUCCAUCAGUAGCUUACAAAUACGGGAUUGCAAGAACAACCCGAGGAAACCGGGGCCCCGCAAAGAUCCGUCCUAUUGAUCACCUUCUUCCUGAUCACUAUAAAUUGUAGGUUUCGUGGCUGUGCGGCAUCAGUCGUCUAUCAGGUAUCAGAAGGCCGGCUCCAGAGGCACGUUAUCCUCCAUUUGGGACAUUUGUGCCAUCGCCAUACAUAUAAGCCUAUUUCAUCAUUUACCUGAGGGACAAGGGAUGGAAUGGGAUUAGGAAAGGGAAAGGUGAUGAAAUAGGAAGGGGUACCCUAGAAGAGGGAAUGAACGCAUAAGCGCAAUGAGAGCUCAUAGCCCAUACCACAAUGGGUUUAUGCAGUGCCCUGAAAAGGACACUGUAAAACGCAUAAGCGUAAAGAGAGCCUAUAGCUCAUUGGAGGUAGCUUGUGACGUCAUGCGACUUUCAAUAUGACAUUGAAAGGCACGCCAUCGAAAGCAUCCUCAAUAUUCAAGAAAUUACCGCAAAACCUACGUUUGAGCGAGUACUUUCUUGAAAACAUAUACAACUUUGUGUAAAAGAGUCACUGUGGACAUAUCAAAUUGGGAGGCAUGUGAGUUCACAUGAGUAGGCAUGUCAGCCUAGACGAACAUCACAGAUGUGAUAAUCGACAAUGCGUUUCAAGCAUUUCAGAAAGAACGAGGUAACCAGAUAAAUCUGAAACUCAUUCCAUCUUUAUACAACGCACGCACCCUUUCGGGAUAAAACUACAGAGUAAUUUCACGCCAUGAAAAUACCCCAUAGAAAACUACAAGAGUUCAAAACAUGUUUGAAAUACUCAAAUCCCUUUGCAGAAAAAUAGGACAAAACCCCAUUUCCUCCUGAAGAUUUGAAUUAAGCAGAGCUUUUAAGGGUACACUAAGUCGAUUAUACAGCUAUAAUUCUCAAGCGGAAGCUAGAGAUUCAUAACUAUACAAAAGAAUGGGUUAUCCGAAGAUAUUUUGAACUUGAACAGAUCAGAGUUCCAUUCAGAAAUACCUCUUGCAGUCCGCACAGACCGCAGAGGACAAGCUUCUUUCAAAGCAAUAGUUAUAUUCCACAAUGGAGGGCGUUGUAGGUACAAAACCACAAUGAAACUCUCUUGGAGUAGCAAUGGAAGCAAGUUAUCCACAAAAUGUAGUCGCAAUCAAUUAGUACAGGUUUCCUAGUUCGUUGAGCAGGGACGCCUGAAUACGCAAAUUUUGCGAAGGAACACUCAAAAGUGCAAAGAAGGUCAAAUGGAGACUCCUCAUUUGACACAUGCCAAUCAGUCAACUCAUGACAAAUUCUGCUCAUGCAGAGAUUGAUUAGGUGCAAUUCUAUGUUAAGUUAUCCAUGAACUGUACUACCUAAGUAAUCCAUCAAACUGAAGCAUCUCAAAUUAAUGUUUGAGCUACUUCACAUGAUGUAAUCAUCGUAGCAGUACUGCCAAAUGUCAACGAAAAAAUGCUGAAUACAAGAGCUUGCUUAAAGGCAUCCAUAAGGAAAGGUUGAAACAUACUGUUAACGUUAUUCUAAGAUAUAGCAUGCUCGAGCCACGACACUUAAUUUAUAAUGAAAGAAGCAAAACUGGGUUCACAAGGUAACCUAUACAGAAGUUACCCUACGAAAAUGAACUUUUUGAAGUAGAGCCACUUGGGCCACGCACGCUUUUUACGCUGAAAAUUGAUCUGAGGUUUGUAGCCGUAGCCACUACCCAAACUAGACUGGAUUACACUCUUCACAAUCACAGCACCAAAAGAAAACGUCAACGACAAACCAAAUCGGUGUCAAUUGAAAAACGCCAACGGCGAAAACGCAUUAAGCGAACCCAUAUAGGUAGUAAUGUAAGCUAAUUUACAACAUUUGAAUAAUCCAGCCCUUAUUUAGUCUCAAAUUUGAGACUUAAGAAGGGCAACUGAUUAUCUCGGAGAAACGCAAGGUCCACUGCACUAUUGCUCCGGUUAGCGCAGUAUGCCUCGGAGUGUGGGUACAAUUCCCGCUCUAGUCGGAACGGAAAAUUCUUCAGUGGGCUAAUGGGUUUUAUCUAUGUUAUCCAUUUUCUCGUGUUUGUAAUGUUCAGUCUGUACAGUCUCUGGUUAAAGAACCUUUUCCAGCAACUCAAGAGGUGUUCUUCUAUCCGAACAUUCAAAUGUGUUAAGACGUUAUUCGUUGAACCGUUAACAUGUUAACUGUGUUUUAUGAACGCACUGAUUGCGCGACUACCCACAAGCAUGUAUGUUUUGAUCUACCCGGAUGACAUUUUGCUUGUCUCAAUAGUCAACACUCUUUGACAAGUCCGUAUGAAGGCACAAAUGACUGUCAACGCGGGGUCGCAAAAUGGAUGGACUCCGAGGACUUUAUCCCAUCGGUAGUCAAAAACGUAUACGCUUGCCGGUUCAGAGGUCAUCAAUGUACUGGGGGUCUCGAACGACCGAAACUUAAAGCUCAGGGAACACUUCCUUAACGUGAAAGAAAGUUAAUGAACCCACAAGAACUUCAGCAGACAACCAAGACUUUGUCCAAGACAAAGUGUGUGCGUGAAGCUACAUUCAGUUUAUGAUAUGAUCUUGGCCCUGUAGCUAUUGCCAUAGAACGCGUUUUAUGAAAAGGAGCUGUCGUCAACAGCUUGAUCGAUGUGGAAAUGGCAUUUGGAGUCAUCUUGUUUGUUGUUUGUUGUGGAGCUCUCUGUUUCGAAAAAAAAUGUAGAAUUCGAUUUCUCCUGUUUCACUAUCGGCGUGCGUUAAAAUUUUUGGUGCGAUAAAAGUAAAGGUUUUCGUGACUGCAAAGUUUGUGUUUUUCUUCUAGCAAAGUUCGUAGUCUGCAAAACAAAUUAGCAUAGUUAUAUGAGUUUUGUCGAGGAAGAGAAAUAGAUAAGAAAAAAUGUUGUUUGUUACGGUCGGCUUAACCCUUUGGAGCCGAGGGGGUUAAUGCGACCCCGGCGAUUGAAUCGAGCAUAAGAAACGUAUUCGAGACGCGCUAGCAAAACAAUCCGGCUCCAAAGGGUUAAGUAGAGAUUUACAGUAUGUGACCCUGCCCAACGGCUAUCAGGUAUCAGUAGGUCGGCUUCAGAGGCACGUUCUCCUCCAUUUGGGAAAUUUGUGCUCAACGGCUAACUCCUGCCGCCAGCAUCUGGCAAUCUAGUCAUUCCAUUCCAUCUCCCUUUUCCUCGUUCGAUGAGUCCUUUGCCGCCUAUCCGAAUCAAAAGCUCUUCGGCUUUUGGAAGUCUAGUCUUCGUUGGUUUUCGGUCGGGUGUAGCGGAUGGCCGGAACUUCACUUGCCUGAGUGUUCGCCAGAUCUUCGCCAAUGGCAGCAUGUGCCGUAUUUUAAAGUUAGUGUUCUUGUUUUGUGGAAAAACUACGGUUAAAUCUCGGGUUUUUGUGACGGUAAUUGAAUUUAGAUAUAAAACGCCGUACAUAUGACGCCGAAGGGUUUCAAAUGGCACCUGUGUUUCUGGAACUUACAUACAUACAUACAUUUUUUUUGUUCAACAUCACAUUUAAGACAAGACAUAAUCAACAAUAGUACGCCACAAUACUCGGUUUGUGGCUGCCGCUCUCCAUACUCGGUCACGCAAAAUGCUCGCUAGGUCACGCUCCACCUGGUCCGCUCAUCGUGCUCUCUGCGAUCCACGCCUUCUUGUGUCAACCGGAUCAGUAGCAAACACCUGCUUUGCAGGGUUGUUAUCUGACAUCCUUGCAACAUGCCCUGCCCACCGUAUACUUCCGGCUUUGGUCACGUGCUGGAUGCUGGGUUCGCCGUAAAGGGCAGCGAGCUCGUGGUUCAUCCUUCUCCGCCACACACCGUUCUCCUUCAUACUGCCGAAGAUCGUCCUUAGCACGCGUCGCUCCGAGUGCUUGCAGGUCUUCCUGGAACAUGGUCCAUGUCUCGUGUCCGUAGAGUUCCACCGGUCUUACUACUGUUUGAUACAUGGUGCAUUUGGUGCGUGGAUGAAUCUUUUUAGACCGCAGCUUUUUCUGGAACCCGUAGUAGGCCCGACUUCCGCUGAUGAUGUGCCUUCGAAUUUCACGACUCACUAAUGUGAUUUCCUCCACUACCUUGAAGGUAUGCCUGUCUAUCGUAACAUUACUAGCCUGACGGAUCCGGUCGCGUUCGUUUCCGCCUACCAGCAUGUACUUUGUUUUUGAGACAUUCACCACUAGUCCAACCUUUGCUGCUUCGCGUUUCAGGCGGGUGUACAGCUCUGCCACCGUUCCAAAUGUUCUGGCAAUAAUGUCCAUGUCGUCCGCAAAGCAUACCAAUUGACCGGAUUUGAAGAAAAUCGUUCCCCGGCUGUCGAGUCCGGUUCGUCGCAUCACACCUUCCAGAGCGAUGUUGAAGAGUAGGCAUGAGAGUCCAUCACCUUAUCGCAGUCCCUGGCGAGAUACGAAUGCACUGAAUAGUUCACCCAAAAUUCGUACGCAGUUUUACACACCGUCCAUCGUUGCUUUUAUCAGUUCAGUCAGCUUCCCAGGAAAGCCGCUUUCGUCUUUGAUUCUCCAUAGCUCUGCGUGGUUGAUACUGUCGUAUGCCACUCGAUUAACAGGUGAUGCGUUGGGACCUGGUAUUCACGACAUUUCUAGAAGAUUUGCCGUACGGUGAACAUUUGGUCCGUUGUCGACCGGCCGUCAAUGAAACCGGCUUGAUAACUUCCCACGAACUCGUUUGCUUAAGGUGACAGACGACGAAAGAUGAUCAGGGAUAGCACUUUAUGGGCAGCAUUCAGAAUAGUGAUCGCUCUGAAGUUCUCACAUUCCAAAUGAUCGCCUUUCUUGUGAAUGGGGCAGAUUACAGUGAGGAUUCGCUCGUUGGGUCACGACUGCGCCCCGAUUAGCGAAUCGUGUUCGUUCGUUGGGGCAACUGACAACUGAUCAAAAUGCUGUAAACACACGCAAGUGACGAAAAAUAUGUCACGAAACACUCACAUACUUGCACAAACGUUCUGUAUAUAGGAGCUGCGAUGCGACGGCGGUCAGACGUCAAACUCUUUUUGACAUCGAUUUUGACAUUGACAGUGCUUUUUAGUUUGGCUUUGCCCCAACCAGUGAACAUUCAACUAUCGAGACAACCCAUCUAACGAGCCGCCAACGAACGAAUCGGGACUGUACCUCUUCUUUCAACUCCUCCGGUAGCUGUGCGGUUUCCCAGAUCCUAACUAUCAACCGGUGCAGAAAGGUGGCCAACUUUUCUGGGCCCAUAUUGCUGAGUUCAGCCGCGAUACCAUCCUUACUAGCUGCUUUGCUGAUUUUGAGCUGGUUUUGGGAUCCUUUAGUCCACCUCACGUCCGUCCGUCAAGAGGCCUCCGUCCUUAUCCCUGGUACGAAGCCGUUGUGGAAUGCGUUAAGCUUCUCGUAGAACUUCCGUGUUUCUUGGGAACGGCACAGCAGUUCCAUUUCUUCGUAAUCCGCUUCUUCCAGGCGGCGCUUUUUCUCCCGAAAGAGGCGGGUCUGCUGUUUCCGCUUCUAUUUGUAACGUCCCACGUUCUGUCGGGUCGCUUGCUGCAGCAUUACCGCCCGAGCUGCGUUCUUCUCCUCCAAAACCGUCCUGCACUCUUCGUCGAACUAUUCGUACUGUCAAUUCCGUUCCAUGUACCCGAUGGUGCUCUCGGCUGCGUCGUUGAUGGCUGCUCUCACUGUACUCCAGCAGCCCUCUAACGGGACCUCAUCGAGCUCGCCCUCGUCUGGCAAUGCGGCCUCGAGAUUCUGCGCGUAUGCUGAGGCGACAUCCGAUUGCUUCAGUCGCUCUAGGUUGUACCGUGGCGGUCGCCGGUAUCGUACAUUGUUAAUAACGGAGAGUUUUGGGCGCAGUAUGACCAUCACUAGGUAGAGGUCGGAGUCGAUGUUGGCGCCACGAUGGGUCUUGACGUCGAUAAUGACGGAGAAGUGCCGUCCAUCGAUCAGAACGUGAUCGACUUGCGAUUCCAUCUGCUGUGGUGAUCUCCAGGUGUAACGAUAAGGGAGACUGUGUUGGAAAAAGUUUCUACGAAUGGCCAUAUGUUUGGAGGCGACGAAAUCAAUGAGUCGUAGGCCGUUUCGUUCGUCUUCUGGUGAGCGCUGAACUUUCCAAUCGUCGGUCUGAGUUAUUCCUACAGGCCUCCCUGAUCGUUUAGAUCCCCUAUGAUGAUCUUGACGUCUUGGUUUGAGCAGCGGUCGUACUCGCGUUCGAGCUGCGCGUAAAAUGCGUCCUUGUCGUCAUCAGUGCUCCUGGAAAAUACACUAUUACUUAAUCCUCGCUUCAAUUGGAUGAGCAGUGAGUGUUGGGAAAUACUUGGCAAAUGGCCAAUCAAUCCAGGAUCCAUCCUACUAAUGGCUGAUAUCAUCAUGCUUUCACGCAGUGUCCUCUAGUAAGUGAUGUUGCAGGGUAUUUACUGCGUCCUCUCUGGGUGACGGGAAAUACUGAGUGGAGUUACAGUUUAUGCUACAUCAGUGUUUUACUACAGUUCAAUUCCAGCUGCAGUAUACGUUCGCUCGGUGCAUACGCUUUAACUGCAAUGGUUUUUAACUGCAAGUUCACUAAGUGCAACAAUUUUGCAAUUAUCGCAUCGCUAUCUAUCAAAAUCAAACUGGUAUUUGAGAUGCGAUUUUUUUCGGAUGCAUAAGAGCUGCAAUGCGAUGUUUUUGAGUACAUUUUGGCUUCAUCCGAGAUUAAUUAACAGCCGUUAACAGUUAUAAAAUUAAAUUCGUUUAAAAAUUUCUCUUAUCGAAUGUCAACUUACUAAUCGAAGCCAACUAAACAGUCAAAUCUACUCACUUACCAUUAAUUUUAUUCUGGGCAGGGAUCCCCUAAAAUCAAUCAUUAAAGGCAUGCAGUUGAGUGGAACGUUUUGGAAUGAAUGAAUGAAACAAUCAAAAUAUAUAAAACAAACUUUAACUAAACCAACUGCAUUGAUCACAACAACUCGAUAGUACACACUGCAAAAUUUAACUGCAAAUCAGCUACUCAAGGUGAAACGAAAUAAAAGGUUAGAAACUUCAGCAAACUUAUGUCAAUUCUAUGUAAUAGAGUAGUAAGUCACAAUAAACAAUAAAUAGCGAAUAGUGAAUCUCACACACACAUAGAACUCACUCACAUACUUUUAGAGAAGAUAUUUUGUAUGACGAUAACAAGUACUGGCGCUUUUUAGAAUACUCCUUUUAUUGACGAACAUGUAUCUGUCGGAAUGGCGACCACUACCUUAGGCUGCAACUGCAAGAUUAGCUUAGUGUUGGUAAAAAUGAGUUUGUAAAACCAUGAAUUGAACAAGUGUAAUUGUGAUGCAUUAUGAUGAGUCGUAAGUAGAAUAUCGUAUAACAAUGGAACAAAACAAAAAUAUGUCGUUUUAACCCUGUGACAGCAGACUCUGUAUAAUCAGCAAGCACUUAUAAUAACCGAGCACUGUACCAGUGGUAUCCGAUUCCAAAUUGAAAUCUCCCUGGGUGGGUGGAAAGACAAACACACACUCACUCACGCACGGGAAUUUCACUGUGGUGCAAAUAUUUAGGCGAAUAAAAGCUAUAUGGGACAGUAGAUCGUACUCACUAUUUAACGAAUAAGCUACAAAGAAAAAAAAAAGGUUUUGAAUAACAACCGUACAUAUAGAUCAAUAAGCCUGUUAAUGUGCUUUAUUCUCGGUAAAUUGGAAAUGCAUAAAAUGUUGAAAAAAAAAAACAGAAAACCACUAGCUACUAGUAUAAUGGAUACAAAUUUAUUUCGAAUGUUAGGAACUAAAUAAGAAUGUAAGAAACACACAUAAAAAAACAAUGAUGCUUAUGACAACUUUUACAAAACACCUUAUAGGCUAUCCUUUUAGAGACUAGUGACUUAUGGAAAUUAUAUCGUACGAAUGGCUAACACUUGUAAACCGGGGAGUAGACCGAAAAUGGCACGUCUCGUACCAUUUUGGAAGUGCUUAGCGCGAGAUUGGAAGUUGCCAAACCAAACCUUCGAUUGUCCAUGGAUUAUUGUGUUUUAUUUUAAGAGGGGAAUGGCAGUGCGAGUAGAGGAUGUUUUAGGAAACCGUUUGCGUUAGAUGUGUGUAUUCUAUGCUCAAUACGUCUCAAAGUGUCGAUGAUAUUUUUGUUCCUUUCUGUUUAGUUUUCUGUUUUGGAAAUCAACGUUUACAGGCCAUGCUGUAGGACAAGUGCAGAGGUAGAGAGAAAUAUGUGUUCAAUCAAAUAGUAAAACCGUAAACGGGGGCACGUUUUGUGAGCAGCAGUUGAGUUUGAUUAAAUUGUGCUUUAAUAGUUUGACAGGAUUUUGUUUAAAAAUUAUAUGAUUUUUGUUUUAUUUUUUUUUUAUUUAAUUUUUUCAAUGUUUAACUUAUUCCUGUAACUCUAAUCCGUUUCUUCAUCGCUGUGGUUUUAACCCUCCCCUUUUUAAGAUUAGAUAGGAGCGUGUUACACCUACAUAGUAAUGGCAAAUGUCCGGCCGAAUGUCAUCUGGUCAAAUAGGUCAUUUGGCCGAAAGCCGAUUGACCGAAUGAGGAUUAAAAUAAGUCAAUUUUUAACAUUCUGGAUUUAUGAUCAUCAGAAAUAGUUUCUUAAUUUAACGGAAGACUAUUCUUUCUAGUUUUACCAUUCCGGUAUUAGUAGGCGAGAACUGCCAAUAUUUUAUCAUUUUUUUUUUCUUUUUUUUACCAUAGACUGUUCUUUCAAGUGAUACUAAUGUGGAGAACAAUGGCUGAUAACUCAAGCUUAUUAUUCAUUUUUCGGCUUAACGUGGUUCGGCCAAUUGGCGUUCGGCAUUAUCGUGCAUUGAAUGAGCAUCAAAAAAUUGGGUCCCUGAAAAAUGACCUUUUUUCAUUUUUAAGAAUUGCGCUAAAAUGGAGUCGAUUUUUUUCUUGAAAAUAAUUUUUUACCUAUAUUAUGAGCAGUCUGGGAAAGAAUAUAUUUGCGCUAAAAUAUUUCAAAAAAUCAAAAAAAAAAUCCAUUUUUUCCGCAAUUUCAAUUUUUUAAGAGGUGUCCAAAAUUUCAAGAUCAUGCGUUUAAACUUUGAGAUUGAUGUCCAUGUAAAAUAAUUAUUUUUACUAAAGCAAAAGUGCCAUUCCUUUUUCUAAGGAUUUAUAUAGUACCUCCAAAAAUAAAAUUAUUUAUAACUCGAAUAAAUUAUUUUUUAGGAUGUUUUGAACAUAUAUAGUUAAUUUCCGAUACACUCCUUAAGUAGAAACACUCUUUUUCUCUUGCCGUCGGACCAUCUUCGACCACUGUCGACAAAUCUGUUGACAGCCUGUCGUAAAUACUUACACAUAUCGGUGGCAACCGACGAGGCGCCUCGUAGUCUCUACGAGUAAUCCCUCGAUAAUGUAGACUCCAGCAAAUCUUCUGUCCAUCUGUGGUUGAAAGUUAAAGCCCUCAACGGCAAACGUACUGCUGUCUGUAUCAUUGACUUGGAUAGUGCCAACACCAGCGUCAAUCUCUAUGAUUUGUUUUGAAUUACUUGUUGUUUCGGUCGGCUUUAUUUGGCUUUUAUCAAGAGUAAGUCAGUCUACCAUAUUUAUCUGUUCAUAUUUACAUGCAUUAGUUCUGUUGGUUGGUUGAAGUUACUCGAAGUGAUGAAGCAUGCUUUUAGGCGUCGCACGUGUGACCGAGUGUUCUGACUCCUUGCGCAAUCGCUUCCCAAAUGCCAACUGAUCGAAGUACGAGGUCAACAAUUCGCGAUGGGUAUCGAUUUACCCUGAACCCGUUGGCCCUGUGACAAUCCUCUCCACACUUCCAGCAGUUUGCUCUUAUUGGGACUUAAAAACUCGCACGACUUGUGGUUUUACUCAAAACACCCGAAGCACACCUCUGUGAGCUAGAAGCUAGACCUGGUAGACACGCAGGAAAGUCUUAAGGGCGGACGGGACGGUCGAGGAAAUAUCCGCAUUGCUCUGUUGCUACUAAGAUGGUAAUCUCAGAUUCUACUUCAUAUAAUGGAACAAAAAUCUAUCAUUGUGUAUGCUCACUUGCAGUGCAUAUGCUGAUUGUUUUUCAGCCUCAUCUGUGCGAUAGAAAUCGAGAUUACCAUCUUCAAAAUCGCGAGGCAAAUUGUUAGAAAGAGAGGGAAGAUAGGAAAAAUAACACAGCGUCCCGAUUCACCUUAAGCUGGGUCUCUAUAAAGCAACAAAUCUGAUCUGUGAUAUGGAAGGUUCCUAAUCGGUGUAAAACAAUAAUGGAAGCAAUGGAAGUGUUCUAUAUAUUUUACAUCUCCGGGUCUGUUUUCUGGAGUUCUGGAACAAUAGUUCGAUGGUACAGAUUCAUUGACUUCAAAAUUUUAGUUGUAAGCUUGUGUAACAUUAACAUGGUUUACCGUACAAUUUGUAAGGACUGUUCAAUUUAUAAAACGGACAACUUGCUUGUGCGAUAUCUUUUUUAUUUUUCAAUAAAAUCAUUAUCAGUUUUUUUUUUGCAUAACUUUCUAUAGCUAUUCUCAAAUGUAGGAAAAAUAUAACAUUAAGCAAAAUGUUCUUUAUUGUGUAACUGAAGCGGUUUUCGUAAAACAUCAAUAAAAACCCAUUUCUCAAAAUUCGACAUAACUUUCCACAUACUUAAUAUGCACAUUUUCAUGAAGUUUUCAAUGUAUUGGAAUCUUAUACUAUUCUACUAAAGGUAAAGCUUAAUAGUUGGUCAUUAAUAUUGCACCAAGCAGUCUCCGGCUUAAUAUAGUGAGUUGCCUUAUUUUCAUAGAAAUUAUGCAAAAAAUGUUCAUUUAAGUCCUGUGCUGCAAUAACAUCACGGAUUCGGCUAAAAAUUUGUCCAGAGUAGUAGAAUAUUGCUCUCUGAAUAAUACGGAAGAAAAAUAUACUUAUAAUUGCUUUUUUCAUCAAAAAUUUAAUCCAUAAAGAUGACCAUAUUAAAAAAAUUCAUACUUUUUGCUCCAUUGAUGCAGAUUUUCGACUCUAGCGAAUCUUGUUAUUAUUUUUUUUUUCAGCAAAGUUGGUCCUAUGUUAUUGUACACCUUAUUUAAUAAUAAUCGGAUGCAAAGUUUUCAUUUCCAACAUUAUUGUUAUGCAAAAUUUGCAUUAGGUUGCAUUGUUAUUUGUAAGGAUCUUCAAAGAACGAAACCGUUUGAUUACUGUGUCUGCAAUAGCGCACACCAACCAAACCAGCAGAAGCAGUUUUCUGCAUUUAAAACCACAUUAUUCCCUCUUUCGACUGGAUGCAUAAAAAAAUUGAUUAUUUAAUAUUUUCAUACUCUUUUUGCUUUACAAUUGAAUUUUAUUGAAAAAAUCGAAUCUUACUUGAGACAUUAAUAUCUCAACACUGAAUUUUCCGAUUGAGCUUAAAUUUUGCCAGAAUGUUUAUUACUCAUGCUGCUGCAGCAUGGCACAUACUUUUCUGGUAUUAAAAACGAUAUACCAUGUGUGAACAGUAAUUUUAUAUAUAUUUUAAAUUUUCAGCAAUCGAAAAAUUCACCUUAUUUAACACCUGGCCGAUUUUCUAUAAAAUAAAACUAUUUUUAUUCGAUUCAAAAAUAAUCACUAUAAUGACAGAUGAUGUACUGAACAACGAAGCAAGGGUGGUUAAAUUUGAACAACGCGUCUUCUUUUUAUAGCCUUGUAAAGUUGUCCGUUUUAUAAAUUGAACAGUCCUUAGUUGCUACUUUGUGAUUGACCGUGAUGGCACCACUCCAGAAGGAAUUCUACAAGAAUUACAUCUGGGAUUUCUCCAAGAAAUCUUUCGCGGUUUCUCCACUAAUUUAUUCCAGGACUCCUCCAGGAGUUUCUUCUUGGAUCCCCAAGAAAUUCUUGAAGAUAAGAUUCUUCCGGGAAUUUAUGUAGGAUUCCCUCAGAAAUUCCAUUUGGGUUCUAACAAAAAUUUCUUCUGAUAUUCCUAAAGGGGUUUCGUCUGGGUUUCCUUUAGCUCUUGUCAGAAUUCUUCCAGGAAGUACUCCUGGAGUUCUUCCAGAGAUUAUUUCUACAAUUUUACAUGGAAUUCCUUCUGAGACCAUUUCUGGACCCUCUAGAUUCCUCCAGGAAUAGGUUCCAAGGUUUUUCCACAAAUCCACUCUAGGUUUCUCCACCUCUCCAGGUCUUCCCUCCGUGACUCCUUAGGAGGCGCCAUCUGUGAUUCCUUUUGGAGAUCUUUCAGUAGUGUUCUCUGGGAUGCUGUCUGAGAUUCAUAAAAGGUUUCAUCUGAGAUUCCUCCAGGAACUCAUUCCAGGAUUCCUUCAGCGAUUCCUUUUGGGACUUCAAGGGAUUUCUUCAGGGUUUUGUCAAGGAGUUUCUGGAAUCCUGCAGGAAUUCCAUUCGAGAUCGUUUUUUGCCCUUCUCGUUCACCAAAGUGUACUUAAAGGCUAUAUGUUCAGUUCAUUCAAAAUAGAAUUUUCGAUGAAAGACUCGGAGGCUCAAGUCACAUAUACUGAUACAUACAACUCAGUUCGACGAAUUGAGAUGAUGUCAGUAUGUGUGUAUGUUUGUAUGCCUGUGUGCAAACAAGUUCAUUCACUUUUAAAACAUUUCCCAUUUGGCCGAUUUUUUUUUUUUGAUUUUAGCACGAAUCGAACCCGAAUUUUACCCCAUUGUUUUCUAUUGAAAAUGGACCAGAUCGGUCAAGGCGUUCCGUAGUUAUGGCCAUUUUAGUCUUUCGGACUAACACCGGCGGAACUGGUCGUGUAUAAAACUGAGCCAAGCCCUAUCUUGCGACACAUAAAACUGCACCAAUUUUAGUAACCUUUAGAAUGGAUGACGAAUUUUGUGCGGAAAUCAAUACUGGAGACAAGAAAUUCCACGAUGUCAACUCAAAAUUCAAGAUAGCGGCCUAAUGUUCAAGAUGGCGGGUCAAAAUUCAUGGUGGCGGAUGUGUAAUUGGCUUUUAGGCUCUAAAGCCAUGUAAUAUGAGUGUAUUUGGUAUGGCAAAGAUGUCUGGAGAUGUCCAAGAUGGCGGGUAAAAAAUCCAAGAUGGUGUCUCAAAAUUCAAUAUGGCGGCUAUUUAACUAAAAUGAUGCACGCCCAUUUGAUUCUAAAAUUGCACCCCGCUUGCACUGGGUACGAAGAAGAUUUAGAGCGAGGUUUUUUUUUUGGUAGUGUUCUACUUUAUACAACGGCGCGCGUCCUAAAGGGUUAAUAUUUUGAAUGUAGAAGAUUUUUUUAAUUUUUCUUAUUUGUGAAUAUUUAACUAUAGAAGAUAUCUGAAGCCUGAAAAUGGCCGAAUGAAGCCGAACCAUCCAAAAUUCAAGAUGCCGGCUUCUUGAAGGAGUUUUAGGCUCGAAUACUAUGCAAUGUGCAUAUUUGGUAUGGGGAAGAUGUAUGGGUAAACUUGGUACGGGUAAGAUACUCGGAACUAAAAAAUGGCGGCAGUUUAAUGAGAGUUUAGGCUCUGAAAUCAUGCAAUAUGGGUAUAUUUGAUAUGGGAAAGAUUUUUGGUGUCCAAAAAUGAUGACAACAGUAUCCAAGAUGGCGGUUCAAAAUACAAGAUGGCUACUCAAAAUUCAAGAUGCCGUCUGUUUGAUAGAAAUUAGGGCUCAAAAAUCAAAAGUCAGAUAAGAUAUGAUUUAUGGUGCCAUGAAAUGGAUUUUUGCGGUUUAAAAUCAAAGAUGGCGCUUCUAAAUUCAAAAUGGCGACUGUUCAAAUGAGUUUUAGGCUAAAAAAUCAUUCAAUAUGAGUAUAUUUUAUAUAUGAGAAGAUUUCCGGGUUUUAAAAUUAUGACCAGAAUAAUCAAAACGGCGGUCUAAUAUUCAAGAUGACAGCAGUUGAAUGGAGUUUUAGUCUCUAAAACCAUUCAAUAUGGGUAUAUUUGGUAUGGGAAAGAUGUCUGGAGUCCAAAAAUGAUUACUAGAAUUGCUAAUAUGGCGGUCUAAAAUCCAAAAUGGUGGCUUAAAGUUCAAGAUGGUGGCUGUUGUGUAGCAGUUAAAAGGUUCAAGAAUCGAAAGCCAGAUAAACGAUAUGAUUUCUGGAGCCAUUUUUUGUGAUUUUUUGUUCAACGGUUCAGAGUGCUAUAUUCAUCUACAUGUCACAUGAGUUUUGUUGAAAUGGGUUUUCAAAGGUACGAGCAAGGCGCCAUCUUCGCUAGGUGGAUUAAUUUGGGUUUUGUAAUGUCUUCAGAAGUUUUUUUUUACUAUCCGAAAAUAUUCCAGGAAGUUUUAAGAACGUUCUUCACCGUCCAUCACAAGUUUGAUGUUCUGGAGGAAGCAAGAGGGCAACAUGAGAGCCCAUGAUUUUUUCGCUGGAUCUAACGUCGUGCUACUAUUCAAAGGUUAUCGAAAUGUUACGCAGCCAAAGCGACACUACUUUCGUACCCAAGGGCAUGAAUCUUCCCAACGCACCAAAACUUAGACACAUCGAAAAAUACUGAGCUGUUAUGAAACAGGAACCAGGAACUACAGAAGCAUCCCAAUUAUGGUCAAUUUGAGCAGGACAACAAGUGGGUUUUCGUGCAGAAGAAGCUGUAGAAUUUAUAGGAGGAAUUCCUCGGAAAAAAAUGCCCUAAUGUUGCCGAAGAAUGGCAGCUUUUUUGCCAAGGAAAGCAACCCAUUUGUACCCUAUUCAAUUUCCAACUCCAGAUAUCUCCCCCUCCCCAUCCCCACUGAUCGUAAGGGCCUGUCCAGGUGUCGAACAAAGAGUUUGUUGAAUGCCAGGUUUGUCAAGUCUCAGACAACUUUUCAGGCGCAAUAAACAUCUCUAUUGACAGCCACCCCAGGAUGUGUUCGGUCGGCUAUGCUAUGCUAUGCUAAUAGAAGAUCCUGGAAAUGUUGCUAAAUAAAUAGACUGCCUAACCUCUUGGGCAGUUACUAUACUCUCACUAUACUAUAGUCACUAUAGUUACUAUAUCUCACCGCUCUAAUUGUUCGUAGUGUCUGAGUUACAAAGGAAAUGCGCUCAAAAUAGAAGCCCUACCGAGAUGGUUCUACUUACGUAUCUGAACAAACAUGAAACUUGAAAAAUUUAUAUGAAAAGUUUCUAAGAUAUUAUUAAGCAAAUUUCCCGAAGAAAUUUCCUGAAGAAUUUUAAAAUUGAUGAUGAAAUUAUGAACAAUUUUUUCAAUAAACUUCUAAAGGACUUCUUGGAAGAAUUCCUUUCUAAAUUAUCGAGUGAAUUCCUGAAGGAACUUCCUGAAUAAUUUCUGUUUUUUUUUCUGUAUACUUUCCUUAGACAUUUCCGAAACAAUCUCUAGGAUUUUUGCCAAGGGCUGAAAGUCUCUUUAAUAAAGACAAAUCAAUCAAUCAAUCUUAGGAUUUCGUAAUAGUAAUUCUUCUUCUUUAUUAAAUAAAAAAAAUAUAACAUUUUGUUAUUACAACAUAUUAAACAAAUAUAAGAAAUUUUGGGAAUCGAUAAUAGUUUUUUUUGUUGCUUUCAAAAAGCUUUUUCUUAAUUUUCUUACGCAAAUAAGCAUUUGUAUUUUGUCAAUGACACCAUUUUACUCUGUUCUAGGUAUCGUUCAUUGUAUACUCUAGCUCUAGUAAAUCAAUAAUGUUAUGAAGUUUAUUUUUUUAAUAAGUUUUUAGAACAUUAGUUUCACAUGUACCAUUUAUAACAUACAUAUACGAUACUAAAGCUAUUAUCGCAUUGAUCUCAGCUGCUGCAAACAAAUGGUGCAACCGUAAUAAAAAGAAGCACACAAAACGCUUUAGUUGUGAACGAGCAGCCUGUGUACAUAGAAAAAAUAUAAAAGUGAUUGAAACAUUUCUGAAACGCUUACCCAACUCGAAGCGUUUGAACGGAACGGCUCAAUCGCCAUGGUAGAGAGUUUAUCACGCAAGGCAUCAUGAAAUGCAGUAUGGAAACAUACCGCUGUUCGGUGCGAAACGCCUCCUUUCGCAGCGAGACCGUGGUGACAUGUUUCUCACACCCAGAAGAGCUGUGCUACACGACGCUUGUUGCAAUAUUUCGGUCGAUGCUACAUGACACUGCCAUGUGCACAUGGUGUCUGACGACUGAGAUGUGCCAACCGUCAUCGGCUUCUUGAUAUGGGACGCAAAGCGCGCGUAACACGCAAUAAAACAUAUCUGAUGAUUGACUGUAGGCACAGCCACAAUUAUUACUAGCAGAUAUUAGACGAAAAAAAAAAUAAAAAAAUGGCCCUUUAGUUUGCACUUCUGUGUACGUCACAUCGAGUUGAAGAUAUAUAGAGACUAACAAAAUGGAAAAAGGACAAAAACAAUGUUUGUACCCAAACACAUAAAAGAGACUAGGAAACAAAUACAUAUCUACUAUAUAUUUAUACAUACGACAUAUGUAUUUUGUAGAAUAAAUUAUUAAACAAAAGUAAAAAGUACGGUAAAAGCAUGAAGAGAAUAUUUUAUAAGCAAAAAGUAAACGAAGAAAUGUAACACAGCAAAUAUAUAUAUAUUUCAACAGAAACAAAAAAACAAACCUACAAAAUGCUACACUCACAUCCACGUUUAGUGACAAAAAGCAAAGUAAAAUGUAAACAGACAACAUAUUCCAGUAACAAUACCAAAAUUGGGAAGUAUAACACAAAAUGCGAGUUUCGAACAAAGCCCACAUAUUAGGCGUGGAAGUGAAGAAGGGCCAAUGAACCCUAAAAUGUCCAUGUUGGUCUUCAGCAUAUUGUGAGCGAAAUCGCAACAAAAAAUGGCUUUUAAAAAACAAAGUGACAAAGUUUGUUACAACAUAUGAUUCACAGACUAUGGAAACCAAUAAACAAAAUAACGAGAAUAA